GCCAGCAGGUCCGGAGCCGCCGCACGGCAGCGCGCAGGGCUCCCGCCGUUCCACGCAGUCGCCUCCCCGGGGGCUCCGGGGCCCCUGAGCCUGCCUCACUCGCCUGGCCCCGCAGGCCCGGCUGCCCAUCACGUGCGCCCAAGUCCUCGCGACUGGCGGCGCUGUUCCCGCGGUCAAGUGACUUUGCCAUCUGCUGCAGGCUGUUGAUGGAGAAGUGGGCGGAUGACAGCCGGGACCGUGGUCAUCACCGGGGGCAUCUUGGCAACUGUGAUUCUUCUCUGCAUCAUUGCUGUUCUUUGCUACUGUCGGCUCCAGUACUAUUGCUGCAAGAAGGACGAGUCAGAGGAGGACGAGGAGGAGCCGGACUUCGCAGUGCACACGCAUGUGCCGCCCCUGCACUCCAACCGCAACCUGGUGUUGACCAACGGGCCAGCAGCCCUCUACCCCUCCGCCUCCACCUCCUUCAGCCAGAAGUCGCCGCAGGCCCGUGCCCUCUGCCGCAGCUGCUCCCACUACGAGCCGCCCACCUUCUUCCUGCAGGAGCCCGACGAUGAUGAAGCCCAGGAGGAUGUGGGUGUGGGCGUGCGCAACGGAGGGGGGCGUGUGCCCUACAGGAGCAUCAGCCAGGAAGAUGUGGAGCUGCCGCCCGGGGGCUUCGCAGGCCUGCAGCCACUCAACCCUGGCCGCCUGUCGGCCAUGCGAGAGGCCUUCUCCCGGAGCCGCAGCGUCAGCACUGAUGUGUGACGCAGUGGCUAGCACCCGCUGCGUCCCAACACCCUACCCCGGGAGGCCCUGAUGCCAUGGCAGGAUACCCGUGUUGCCCACCCCAGCCCCAGGCCCAGGCCAGGGCUCUGCCAAGCUGCCCUCCUGUCCUGGUCUCUGUCCCUGUUCCUGUUCCCAGGGACCAGGUGUGGGGCUAAGGCUCAUGGAACACAGACGUGGCCACUGUGGGUUAGGACAGCUGGGCAGAAUAUGCAGCAAGCCUGGCACAGGGACGAGCGAGAGGCGGGAGGUGAAGAGAGCUGCUCUGGGCUGGGGCUCAGGGCAGGGGCCAUUUUCAAGGGAUGGGGAACAGCAAUGUGGCCCCUGUGGUCAUCCCACCCUGGCAUUGACCUUCUUACCUAUUCUAGGGAGUGGUCUCUGGGAUGUCAGGGCCCUGAUUGCAGGUGGAAGGUUCUGCACCUGCAGCCUGAACUCACUCCCUUCCCGUAUCUGUCUGUCUGUCUGUCUGUCUCUGGGCUCUGGGUGCCACGCACCUGCUGAUCCUGAGAUGUCCAUGCACUGAGCUCCCUGUAGCUGGACAGUACCCCCCACAAGCACAAGGGUGAGUCUUGGGGCAGCAGGGUCCUUGGCACAAGUGGGCACAGGAGAGAGAGGCCCUGCUUGGAGGGGGCUUGGCCCUAAACCCAGAGGCAGCCAGGCAGAGGUGGCCAGAACAGCAGCCUGAGUUUCAAAGCCCCCAGUGACCCGUGAGACCCAGAGGGGCCUUCAGAGCUCUGCCUCCGUCUCCCUGUCCAUGCUAGGAGGACGCUAGCUCUCAGCAGCAGCAGCAGAGGCCCCAGGGGAGGCAGAGCUGGGGUCACUUAACUUCCACGUGCUUCCUGCUGGAGCAAGGCCCCGGCCCAGCCCUCCUCAGUGCCCAAUGGGUCCAGUGGUGGAGCUGGCUGCCCCACGUGGAGGCCUCAUUGUGCUUGGGUCCCACAGACUACAGCUCGGUCUCCCUGGGCAUUCUGGGCUCUCCCCUUCCUUCUCAGUGGCUAAGAUGCCACAGAUCACCCCAGGGAUGUGCCCCAGGCCAGGGCACUGACACUGGAGCACAGUGCUGCCCACACAGAGGUGACACAGGGCCAGGCAAGCGCCCUCUUCUCAGGCACUCUCUGCCCCAGGCCGGACCCCAGGGAGAGGUGAGCACACCCACAUACCAAGGGACGGCCGUCCACACUGUUGGUACGGAACCACUGUCCCUUCCUUUCCUCUUCCUCGUCCCCCUGCCUGCCCAGGCCACACACCAGGGGUGUCGCUUCCCCAGCCCGGCCCCUCCCCUCCCUGGGUGGACCCCUGGGCAGGGGCUGCAUUUUGGCCUGGUCUCUCUCUUGACCCUGCCUGUCUGGCCGCUGCCCUCUGUACAGACCCUCGGGUCCCUAUGAAAUGAACUAAGCGUGCAUCCCCCUGGCUCACCCAUCACCACACCCUGUGGCCCGCUGGGGGGCCAUGGGGCUCCCAGAGCAAAGCAAAAGCCAAUAAACCUGUUUCCCACCCUUC